AUGGAAAAGAACAACGGCAAAGUCUGUGGGAUUUGUGAUAAGUGGUUCUCCAGUGCGAAAGCCAUUGGAGGCCACAUGAGAUCUCACUACGUCAAAUUGCUGAUUCCUCCGAAGCUUGAAACUAACAAUCAAGUACAAGACAAUUCAGCCAAUCUAACCCAGCAUCCAAAUCAAUCUGCUUUCUCACUAAUUUGCCAUCCCAAAAAAAACCAAACUCAGAAUUUUCGAUCUAGGAAACGCAACUUUUCUGCCAUCUCUGCAAACGCAAACCCAAACAGAAGAGACGGAUCUGUAUUCUACCCACAAAGCCCAACCCGCAAGAGAUCCAAAUGCCACCGCAAACUUAAUGCAUCGGCCGAUAGAAAAGCAGCCGAGGUUCUCUAUAUGAUGUCCAAAGGAGGGCCAAAGAGCCGUAGAGGAGGCUCGCUUGCUCAAGCUGACUCUCAAACCAGGUUCAAGUGCGAUAGGUGCGGAAAAAUGUUCCAAUCUUACCAAGCUCUUGGUGGGCACAAAGCAAGCCAUAGCAAAACUAAGAAUCUGGGCCAAGGUGGUGGAUACCCACACUCGUGA